AUGAGAUCCGGUCUCAAGGGGCUCCGUGAGCAGGAGUUCCGAUUGACAAAGGUGUCAGCGGGGAUCUGCAGGGUCGACAGGUUCACAAGAGUGAUCCCGGGCCAGGGUUUCAGGGCCACGGUGCUCCUGAUAGAAAGGUCGAGAAGCUGGGCGUUCUUAGGCAAGACCAAGAAGUUCAUUGGUCUGGAUGUUAUCAAGAGGAGACUAGAUUCAAGGAACGCCCACCACGGAGUUACGAAAGUCGAGAUUUCUCUGAAGCGACCUCCAGAUCAAGGAGCUCACUUCUCGAGGCUCAGUGGUCUGGAGAUCCCUGGGGUUAAGCUCCGACCGUUGUGCUCAGUAUUUGGAGGUCAGAAGUCUUGGCCUGAGCUUCGAGAGCUCUGA